CUCCGGGGAGGAAACGGAGCGGAUCUGUAGAUGCAGUUCUGCUCUGCUGGCCGGUUUCAGAACAGACUGGGGUGAGCUAAUCACGGAAUGACGCUGUGCUGGGUUUCUCUGUCAUAUAUCCAUAAGGACACACCGCAUCCGAAUCUCACGUGUGCAACCCCGGAGGGUGACAUCCGGAUAAAAAGGCGGCUAUCAAAAUUGGAGCUGCAGCAAGAGAUAAACUCGGCAAGGGGAUUUUUGUCCGAGGACUCAUUUAAGAGGAAUACCUACAGAGCUUUGAAAUAGGAGGGUAUUACGUGGUGGAUUGCACCGGGCCGCAAUGUCAAUCUUGCCCUCUUUCGGCUUUACGCAGGAGCAGGUCGCGUGCGUAUGCGAGGUGCUGCAGCAGGGUGGAAACCUGGAGAGGCUCGGACGUUUCAUUUGGUCCCUGCCAGCCUGUGAUCACCUCCACAAGAACGAAUCUGUGCUGAAAGCGAAGGCCGUGGUGGCCUUCCACCGGGGAAACUUCCGUGAGCUCUACAAGAUCCUGGAGAGCCACCAGUUCUCCGCGCACAACCACCCAAAGCUGCAGCAGCUGUGGCUGAAGGCGCACUACGUGGAGGCGGAAAAGUUGCGGGGCCGCCCGCUGGGCGCUGUGGGCAAAUACCGCGUGCGCAGGAAAUUUCCUUUGCCCCGUACGAUCUGGGACGGCGAGGAGACCAGUUACUGCUUUAAGGAGAAGUCUCGGGGCGUGCUGCGUGAAUGGUACACGCACAAUCCCUAUCCAUCUCCACGGGAGAAGCGGGAGCUGGCGGAGGCAACGGGACUGACCACCACACAGGUCAGCAACUGGUUUAAAAACAGGAGGCAGAGAGACCGGGCAGCUGAGGCAAAAGAGAGAGAAAACAGCGAGAACAACGGCGUUGGCUGUAAGCAGAGCCAGCGGUCUCCGCUCGACGGAGUGAAGUCGCUCAUGUCCAGCUCGGAGGAUGAGUUCUCUCCGCCGCAGAGCCCCGAGCACCACUCCGUGCUUCUACUGCAAGGGAACAUGAACAAUCCAGGGGCUUCCGCAUACCCAAUGCCCGGCCUCGGUGCGCAGCACUCGGUGCAUAGCAUGCAAGGACAUCCGCAUCAGAUCCAGGAUUCACUGUUAGGAUCUCUAACAUCCAGCCUUGUGGAUUUAGGAUCUUAGGACGUCUCGUUCAUACUUUAAGCGACAAGACUUAAAACAAUAAAUAACCAAUAUUUACAGCGCGCAUAUUCUCAUGAUGCACAGGACGUUUGCUGAAGUAAACUAUUCUUUUACAAACGAUUAGGAAAAAGGGAGAAAAUCUAAAUAGUUUCUCUGAGUUUUGGGAAUUUUGAGUAUACUGGAAACUGACCCUUAAGUGCGAAAAAAUGUUAAAACUAGUGAGGCCAAUAUUUAAGAAUAUUCACAUUAUUGCUGGAUACAUAAACCUUUAAUAAUUUAUGAUGUUUUACUCAAAGAUUAAUUUAUAGAAAUUGUUCUGUAUUGGACGGUACGAAUAGCAAGGGUUUUUAAUGAGAAACCAUUGGCUUCAGACAUCUUAAACUAAACUCUAUGGAUGUGGAAACUUUGUUUCGUUCUUUUUUAUGUAGUUUAUAUAUAUCACUUAAUUUUAUUUGUAGGCCUAUAUUUGAAAACAGAGGCUCUCCAACAUUUUUUUUCAUGCAUUGUCCACAGUUUAAGUCAAGUCAACGUUUUGAGCAUUUGUCUUUGACUUGGAAAAGCCUUUUAAUCAAAAAUAAAGAAAAUCAGGAAACUACAAUAAAUAAACGCAAAGGCUCAAAAUAAUAAAAUAUGUCAAUCCACGUGACACGUCCGAGCCGGAAGAGGCCAUGAGCGCGUGAAAAAUGAGAACGCCUGAAAAGUCAACAAGAAAAAAUGGUCCUUUUGCAGAGGGCAGAGAGACGCCAAGAGGCGCCAGACAGCGUGCAGGGCCGAGUCUGACUUUUUGACCGUCAUUCAGUAAAACAAAAAUUAAAAAAGGUCAAAAACCGGGCACAUUGAGUCACUUUAAGCCUUGUAACAUUUAGGUUUGAUAAACAUAUAUUACUUCAUUACGCUGUCGGACUUAACAAAAACGAGAGAGAAUGGAGAGAGAGGGGAAGGGGGGAGUAUUGCUCGUUUUUUCUGUGUGUUCUGUCAGUUCUGGGCCACUGGAAAUUGACACGAUUCGCAAGAGCGGCUUUAAAGACCCUCCACCCAAAACGCCGCGUCCACCAAAAUGACUACAAAACAUUGUCAACCCCAUUUGAAACAAUUGUGAACUUGUGUUUCUAAUUUAGUAAAAACUCCAGACGCUGACAACAACACAAAUUUUAGAGAAAUUGGACAAACUAAAGAUUAAAAAUCUAUUUUGUCGCACAUUUGUUGAAAUUUUUAAGAGAGAAAAAUUAUAUAGACAACACAUUUCCAGCUCCGCAUAUCAAAACCAAAAUUUCUGGAACAUUCUGCAGUGUGAAUUCGCCUCUUUCUGUCUCUUUUAUGUCGAUAGUCCCGUGUCAGUGUAAAUGGUUUUGAACAGAGAGCGCAGAGGGUUUCCGGACCCUAAUUAGAACCAUUCUCUGGGUUUAGAGGGGCUUGAUUGCAGGAAUGAGGUGGACACCCAGCCUCAAGACACAGGGUGCGCACAACAGAUAUUUACCUUCAGGGAAAUUUACCUUCAAGUCUGUCUAUCUAUCUAGAUUUGAAAAAGCAUAUUCAAUAUGCAUUGUCACUUUUAACAAUGCAGGCAAUGUUUUUCUAAAUAUCUUUAACAUUGGUAAUAAAUAUCAUAUCGUGCCUGACUGGAAGCCAGAAUUCUUCUACCAAUAAGGCCAUGGGCAUGUGUGUCAGCUGUGGUUUUAAUCAACAGUCUAAUUAUAUUUUGCACAUAUAAACAUUCCUUACAUCUGCUAUCCUCAUAUUGGUAGUUUAUACAAAGAAACUGAGAAAUCCAAACAGAAAAAAAGUUCCUUUUGAUACUGUUUUCUCAGCCAACUGGUGGACAUAGUUUGGUAACAGAGCAGAAGUUUAAAAAAGCUAUGAAUCAGACUUUCAUUUUUCAUGAUAAUCAAACACCAAACAAAGUGUCAUUAUUAAAUGUCUUUUUGUUUAUGCUUCCACGCUGAAGUUUCUUUAAGGGAAAACAUAAGCUAAAAGCAUCCUUACAUAAUUACACAAUAAAUCUCCAAAGAUUGGUUGACGUCAGUACAUUAAAUGUUAGAAAUUUUAAAAAGUGCAAUUUUUUAAUUAGAAAAAAAAAGAGUUCUGUUUAUUUUGCCAUGUACGGUAAAAUAAAUAAAUAAAUAUGAGACUAUAUAGAGAGUAUUGAUUAGAUUCUGA